CGAAAAUUGAGACGAGACUCUGGUUCAAAGACUUUUUUACUUGGAUUUAAUUCACUGCAAGUCUAGUCCAAACAGUUUAUAUGAUGUUUGACACUCGCGUUCAGAGCGCGUUGUGUUAAUUUACGUUACACUUGAGUCGCGUAUUAACUUUGUAGUUUUUAACAUGAAGCCUGUUCGAGGCUCCGAGCGGGCUGCCUCAAAGGCGCCUGAGCAGAAAAACAAGAGGAAAACUGCAAAGAAACCAGCAGCGACAAAGACUCAGCAGGAUGAGGCGUCCGGUGAGAGGAGACACGAAGAGGAGGAGGAGGCGGUGCCCCGCAAAGCCAAUCUCAAGAAAAAAGAUGUAAAAGAAGCCAAAUAUAAGGCCAGCUGGAAGCCGAUGUCCAGAGCCUCCAUCGCUGUUCUGGAGAACAUCAUGGACUUAUCAAUACUAGCAACUCUUUCCUCCAGAUCCAAAGUAAAGAAAGAGCAACAUGAACAUCUGAACAGAAUAAAAAACAGGUUUCUUGAUGAAUGCAAACAGCUCAAAGUUCCUGUGCAGAAGCAGCAAAACUUUUCACAAUACCAUCACCAGGAGGAGAGCAAGAAGUCUGUGGCUGGAAAGAAAACUCUGAGCACCGUGAAGAAAGACUUGAGUGCUGUGGGCAGUGCUUUGGAGAAGAUGGAGGAGCAGACUGUGUCUUUACAGCACGACUGCAGUAUGUUGAGAAACCAAGUGGAAGAGGAGGAGGAAAAGGCCAAACGGAUUUUAGCGAUAACUGAAGAUGAUGUUCUCAGCCUUCCUCUUUCCUGCUCAAAGGAAGAUGAAACAACAUUAGAGGUGAGAUUAAAAGAUGCGCGUGAGGCGGAUCAUGUCGGACAGAGACUGUGAGAUCACCGCCAAGAGACUGGCAGAGGUCCUGCAGAAGUCGGAGGUCACCCGGCAUGAUCAGGUGCUGCUUCGACAGGCACACAAAUAUGCAGAUCAGCUCUUCAGUGACUGAAUCGACACGAAUUCAAGUUACACCUGGUUUAUAGAGAAUGGACAAAGAAUUUUUUAAAAAAAGGAAACUUUUUAAAGGAAACUGUUUGGACCUUAUUGUUGUGGUUUGGAGUGUGUGGGGUAACAAACCUUUUCCCAAAAUAUCACUUCCACUUAAUUCUGUGGCUGAUUUCUGCUGACACACAGCAAAUCGCUGCCUGUUCUGUAUCCUGUUGAACCUUUGUGUUACCCCUAAUGCUGUAUUUCCAGUUCACUGCAGAGUGUCUUUCUUUCCUUUAUCUGUACCUGUGACUUUAUUUCACCUCAAAAUUGGAAAAUAUCUAUUAGUGUAUUUCACUGAUCAAUAAAGCUU